AUGCCUGUCGAGUUUAUCUCUGCCACGUUCGCAAACGGCUCGACCGAGCUCGCGCCCUUUCCUCCUGGAUCGCCGGUCGACGUCGACUUCCUCGUGCGCUAUGCGCGCGUGCUCGACGACUACGGCUACAACUACACCUUGAUCCCGUACCACUCUGGCGGCUUUGACCCGUUCACCCUCGGCGCGACCGUGCUCGCCGUCACCAAGAACAUCAAGAUCAUCAUCGCGCUGCGCCCCAACACCAUCUUCCCCACUGUGGCGGCGCGCAAGCUCUCGACGCUCUCGCAGCUCGGUGCCGGCCGUGUCGUCGUCCACUUCAUCGCGGGCGGCAGCGACGCCGAGCAGGCCCGCGAGGGCGACUUCCUCUCCAAGACUGAGCGCUACGGCCGCCUCGAGGACUACAUCAAGAUCCUCCGCCGCGCGUGGAAGUCGAGCGAGCCCUUCGACUGGGACUCGCCGUACUACAAGUUCACGGGUUACGCGAACCAGGUCCUUCCUGUCGGCGGCCACAUCGACGUGUCGGUCGGUGGCUCGUCCGACGACGCCUACCGUAUCGGCGGCGCCCUCGGCGACAUCUUUGGCCUGUGGGGCGAGCCCCUCAAGGAGACCAAGGAGCAGAUCGACAGGAUCUACGCUGCUGCCGCCGCUGCUGGCCGUCCCGAGGGCGACCGUCCCAGGAUCUGGGUCACCUUCCGCCCCAUUGUGGCGGAGACGGACGACCUCGCCUGGGAGAAGGCGCACAAGACGCUCGACCUCCUCAACAAGGGCCGCGCGGCUGUGACCAAGAUCUUCCCCAGGGCCGGCAUCACCGAGCCCCAGAACGUCGGCUCGCAGCGUCUCCUUGACAUCGCCAAGCGCGGUGACGUCCAGGACCGCGCCCUGUGGUACCCCACCGUCACUGCCACCAACGCGCAGGGUGCCUCGACGGCCCUCGUCGGCUCGUACCAGACUGUCAUUGACAGCCUGCUCGACUACGCCGAGCUCGGCGCCGAGCUCAUCUCCAUCCGUGGCUACUCCAACUUUGACGACGCCGUCGACUACGGCCGCUACAUCCUUCCCGGUGUGCGCAAGGCGCUCGCCGAGAAGGCUGAAGCCAACGGCUCCAACGGCGACUCCAACAAGAAGCGCAAGACGUCCGAGGACGCGUAA